GGUUAGAAAACCGCGCAGGUAGUAUGUGUCAUUCUUGCUGUCAAGUGCGAGUGUUUUUGGUUACGUCGACAAUUGAAGUACAAUUGUGAUUAAACUGGAAUUUUACACAAAUUUACAAUUAUCGUUCGAAUGCAAGGAUAAUAAAUUUAAACAAUGUCCGACGGACAUUUUGUACCGCCGAAUGCUCCAAGCGAUUUGUGCUUUGAUGGAAAUGAAUUUAUCGAGCCGAAUUUCGACGUGGAUACUUUUCUCCAUAAUCACAGAGGAAAUGCCAGCCUGGAAAUAAUGCGAGAUGAUCUGGGAGUUUAUCUAAAAAUUUUACGAUCCGCUAUGAUCGAAUUGAUUAACAAGGAUUAUGCAGACUUUGUUAAUUUAUCCAGUAAUCUUAUAGGCCUUGACAAAGCUAUUGACCGUUUGCAAGCACCACUGGGACAAUUGAGAGAAGAAGUUAUGCAAAUACGUCAAACUUUGGACGAUGCCACAAACGAGAUGUCUGACCGCCUAGAAGAACACAGAAAGAUACGAGAAUAUAAACAGAGUCUGCACAGCCUCGGAAGGGUUUACAAAUCAUUGGCAAAACUUUCACUGAUUCUUGCAACUUGUGAGCUCAAGCCUGAUAUGUUGGAGCGAGCAGCGACUGAGUUCAAUCAGCUGAAAUUUCACUCUUCAAGAUGUCAAGAUAAUAUUGGACAGGAGCACAAAAAGAAAUGUGAAGAAUUGGACAAUCGUUUGAUGGAAAGCCUUUCUGAAUUGCUCAUAACUUGUGUUAACAAACGUGAAACUGAGCAGCUCAAGCGAUGUCUACAAAUUUACGUAACGUUAGAUAAAAUUAAGGAGGCCGAGAUAUUGGCACGAAUUCGAAUCGUUGGUCCAGCUCUUGAAAGCAUUAUCAUGGAAAAAAAUUUGCAAAAUGAGCCAUCAGGACUUCACGGUAUUUAUCAGAGGCUCAUAAAUUUUUUGAAUACUGAAAUGCAUCAAUUGCUCGUUGUGACCACGGGACAAGACAGGAACUGCGUGAAAGGGUUUAAUUUUUUAGUCAACAGCUUUUGGCCUGAAGUGGAACAGCGAAUCGAAUUGAAUUUAAAACUUAUCUUCGCACCAGGAAAUCCAGAAUUGUUUCAUGGACGUUAUGUGGAAACUUUGGAGUUCCUCAAUAAAUUGCAGCAGGAAUGUGAUUGUUCAGAAACACUUGCUUCGCUCAAAGCUCAUCCACUUUACAAGCAAUUUUUGAAGAAAUGGAACUUGCCAGUUUAUUUUCAAAUACGAUUCCAAGAAAUAGCUGGGGGUCUCGAAGAAGUUUUGCAUCAACCGAUAUCACCAUUGUCGAUGAAAAACCAAAUUUCCCAAUUGGCAACCAAUGAUUAUUCGUUACACGCGACUUGUGUUACUUGGGACUGCCUUCUAAAGAUUUGGACCGAUGGUAUAUUUUUGCCUCAGCUGCUUCAUCAGUUUUGGAAAUUGAGUCUUCAAAUUAUUUCGAGGUAUCAAACUUGGUGCAUAAACGCAGUAAAACAGCCUUGGCCAUCCCCACCCCAAACGCCCACAACGAGUAAUGUAAUCGAAGCUGUGGGAACAACCAAAUUGGAAUUUUUGGUAUGCCUUCACAACGACGCGGAAAAAUUAUUGAAUAAUUUACCGUCUCUAUUGGAUAUAGCUAAAUCGAAACUCUUAAAUAUUAAAACGUCAACGGAGGAAUUGCUAAGAGAUUCUCUCGAAGAAAGUCAGAAGAAUCUCGAUCUCGCCUUGCCAAAUAUAUCAGAAAAAAUAGUGUCAGAAUUGCUCGCGGACGCCGCACCAAAAUUGAAACAAGUCAGCGACAUUCCGAGACUAUUCAGGCGAACAAUGCGGGAGAAACCAACCCAGCCUUGCGCUUACGUCAAAAAUGCCCUCAGUAAUCUAAACGAAUUUCAGAGAACAUACAAAAAAUCAGCGCCAAAUGCCGUUAACAAGUGGCUAAAAUCGACAUUGUCAUCACUCACAGAACAGUAUUCCUCAUCGGUAAAAGAUGUUUUGGAAUCUGUCCAGAAAACAGAGGAAAGUUUGAGAAGAUUAAAAAAAAUUAGAGACAAAUCGAGCGGAGUAUCUUUAUCGGAGAGUCAGGGGAUAAGCGAUGAUGAAAAAAUUCGUGUGCAAUUAGAAAUUGAUGUGCGAAGUUACGCAGAAACGGUAGGAGCUUUCGAGAUUCCACCAACCGAAGUACCGAACCUUGAAGAAUUAUUACGAGUAGUUCAGGAGGCUGUAAAGAAUAAGAGUUAAAUAAAAUUGUUAUUUUCCACAA